AUGGGAUUAGCUGGAGUAAAAGUCAAGCAGAGAUUUGGCCUAGAUCCUAGAAACACGUCAUGGUCCAAUAAUACCGACCGUUUUGGUCAUCAAUACCUCGAAAGAAUGGGCUGGAAACAAGGAAAGGGAUUGGGAUUGGUUGACCAUGCCACCACGACCCACGUCAAAGUGCACAUCAAAACGGACAAUUCCGGCUUGGGAUCCAAGUUGGCGAAAAAAACGAAAAAAGAUGAGUUUGAUAGCGGCGAGUGCGCUGGACUCGAUGUUUUCCAGCGUAUCCUAGGGCGCUUAAAUGGAAACCAGGAUCUGGUAGACCGCGAGUUGGAAAGAAAGAGAAAUGACAACAUCAUCAAUGGUAAAUGGGGUAUGCACUUUGUUAAGGGCGAAGUUCUUGAGUCGACGUGGAACGCCGGCUGUAAGAAGCUCAUGGCAGAGGAGGCCAAGCAAACGAAGAGAAGAGCCUCGGAAGUUGAUACUGACGCUAGAAAGAAGCUCAAGGUUAUAGUGAAAGAGAAGAAGGAUAAGAAAGAGAAGAAGGACAAGAAAGAAAAGAAGGAGAAGAAAGAAAAGAAAGACAAGACAGAGAAGAAGGAAAAGAAGGAGAAGAAGGAGAAGAAGGAGAAGAAGGAGAAGAUAGAGAAGAAGGACAAGAAGGAGAAGAAGGACAAGAAAGAAAAGAAGGAGAAGAAAAACAAGAAAGACAAGAAAGAUUCGGACAAGUCUCCCUCUGCAGAAGUAACUAGAGACGAGAUGCUUCAACCACGAACCAGCACAGGACAAAUAGCUACGAGAUUGUCAGCGCGCAGCAAAUGGAUCAAACAAAAGCGCGCGUCAGUCAUGGAUGCCAAGGCUCUCAAUGAGAUCUUCAUGAUUACCAACAACUAA